GAUCAUGGCAGAAACCGCUCCAGCAGCUGCCGCGACCAAAGCGGCCAAGAAGAAAUCAGCAGCUAAACGCAAGAGAACGGGUCCGAGCGUCGGCGAGCUCAUCGUCAAGGCUGUGUCCGCGUCUAAGGAGAGGAGCGGUGUGUCUCUCGCCGCCCUGAAGAAAGCGCUCGCUGCCGGUGGCUACGAUGUGGAGAAAAACAACUCCCGCGUCAAGAUCGCCGUUAAGAGUCUGGUGACUAAAGGCACCCUGGUCCAGACCAAAGGAACCGGCGCCUCAGGCUCGUUCAAGCUCAACAAAAAACAAGCCGAGACCAAGACAAAACCCGCCAAGAAAGCCGCUCCUAAAGCCAAGAAGCCUGCAGCCAAGAAGCCCGCAGCCAAGAAACCAGCCGCCGCCAAGAAGCCCAAAGCCGCAGCCGCAAAGAAGCCCGCCGCUAAGAAAUCCCCGAAGAAGGCCAAGAAACCCGCUGCUAAAAAGGCAACGAAGAGCCCCAAAAAAGCAAAGAAACCAGCAACUCCCAAGAAAGCAGCCAAGAGCCCUAAAAAGGCCAAAGCAGCCAAACCCAAAACGGCGAAACCCAAAGCUGCCAAGCCUAAAAAGACAGCAGCCAAAAAGAAAUAAACUGCAUCUUUUUGAACGUUUUAUCAAAACGGCUCUUUUAAGAGCCACCCAUUAAUUCAAAGUAGAGAGCAUUAUUUCCUCGGUUAUCUGCCCAGUGAUGUGUCCUUACGUAAUUUGGACAUUAUUGAUAAAAUAAUUUAAACUGCUUCAAGUCAAACUUUAAACUAUUAUUAUUAAAACCAGACAAGUAAAUAUUAGUUAAGGUAGGGUUAUUCCUAUAGUACAUCUUAAAAAAAAAAAAAAUACACAAAACAAUAAAAUGCCAUAUAAAUGUGCUUAAUAAUAAAAAAUUAUCGGAAACAAAUUAAAAGAAAUAAAGGUACACAAAAAGAAGCCAAUACACGUUUAAACUACUGUAGCUAUUGAGAGCUGUAAACAGUGUUGCCAAACCCCUCCCUCAGAAAAUCUCUAGAACCACCCUCAAAAGUCUCCAUUU